AUGGCAGAGGGAAAUCUAGGUGUCCACCUCACUCCAGAACAGUUCAUGACUGAGAUUGGGGCAAUAAUGGACUGGGAGAGCUCAUCUGCCGCUCUUAGUCUAUCACUACCUGUUAUCCCUGGUGAAGACCAGAAAGAAAAAUCAAUCUGUAUUAAUGAGGAUGCCAAAAGUUUAAUAUUUAUAGAUAAAGCUGAUGCGGAAACUAAGGAGUAUCAUUUUACAUUUGAUGGAGUUUUCAAUUUUAAUAAGGAUCAGGAUAAAGCACUGACAGAUCUCAUUCAGUCUAUGCUUAACUCAGUUUUAUCCGGAUACAAUGUGUCCAUUUUAUUAUGUGGCAUUGACAACCCUGGCAUGGAUUCCAUCCUCGGAGGAAAGGGGAACCAGCUUGGUCUAAUUUUUCAGAUAAUAGAACUUGCUUUUCAAGGUGUCCAUCCUACAGACCAAGAGGAUUCCUUGGUUACUGUAGCCUUCAUGCAGUUUAAUCCAGAAGGGAAGGCUAUGGAUUUAUUUAAUCCUGCUAAUCAGGAUCUAGGAGCCGUGUAUGUUUCAACACUGGGAACGGUCAUGGAAGGGUCCAGUGAGAUCAUUGUUUCUAGUCCUGAAUCUGCUUACAGCUUUUAUCUCCAUGGCAAGCAUGAUCUAGAAGACACAAAUUAUAGCACACUUUUUAAACUCACAGUAGAAAGAAGCGAGAAAGGAGCCAAUGCAAGCUGUGUACGGUCCAUGGUGAAAAUCUUUGAACUAAGUGGGAAGUCACUGCAGUCCAAUGAUAAUACUUCAUUAUGUUUGACUCAAGUGAUAGAAAAAACAGACCGGGAAAAAGAUGGGAGACUGUUUCCUCUGCUUUUAAAAGAGGCUUUAGAUGGGAACUCGUUAACACUUCUGCUUGCCUGCUUAAAUAUUCAAGAUCUCUCUGGAAGAGAGAUACUUUCUGCCCUAUCUGUUGCUGAUCGUGUCAGAGGGUUAUCCAAAAAGAUAUCAACAAACCACUGGAAUCCAGAGGAAGCCGCAUGCAAACUGAGGGGAAAAAUAAGAAACCUGCGAUGCAAGCUUCUGUCAGAAAAAUUUUUGGAAGAGAAUGCAGUGAGACUUCUUGGAGAGGCUGUAAAGGAAUUGCAAAUGGUGAAAAGACAAAGCUGGAAGGAGAAAAAGGAAAUUUCACAUCAGCUUGGAGGAAAGAAAAGGUGCCAUCACGAGGAAUGCCAGUAUUGCUUAUGCAGCGAAGUAGUACAAGACAUGACAGACUCCAAAUCUGGGCCAACUGCACAUCAACGGCUUAUUCAACUUAUUAACCAGUCUAGAGCCCAACAGCUCCAGGAAGAGGGGAGACUAGAAAGAAAAGAAGAUGGCAAAGACAUACAAUCUUUGAAGGUAUCCAGCAUGGAUAAUUAUCUGAAGAAAAAUGAAAAUGAUGACAAACAGAAGUCGAAAUACAAGUUAACAUCUCAUAAGAGAUAUUUGUCACAAUGCCUGAGUAUGGAGUUGGAGUUUUCAAUGGCACAGGCCAGACGGGAAUGGCUUAAGGAACAACAUAGAACAUUGAUCAAUAAAGAACUCGUUGGCCUGGAGUAUUACAAGCGCAAGCAAGAGAAUCUUUCACCUGAGCAAGAGGUCACAAUGCUGCAAAAGGAGAAAUCGGUGUUAGUUUUGCAGGUAGAAGCUUUGAGGAAAGAGAGGAGUGAAUCAGAACGGGAUCUGAAUUUACUUUGCCAGUUUUACAAAGAUGAAGCGAAUGCCCAGAAAAAACAUGUCUUACAGAUAUUUCAUGCAUAUCGGGGGCUUUUAGAAGAACAAAUGGAUGCACAAGAACAUCGCUACAGAAAACUUCUAGAGGAAACAGUCCAGGAUGCUGUUCAACUCUCUACUAGAAAUCAAGAGCUAGAAACUGAAAAUAAACGAUUGCAGGAAGUAAUCAUGGAACUGAGAAGAAAAGAUGCAAAGAAAGCACAAAACUAACUUCACGUUCCAGACGGAUGGUUGAAAAAUGCUUUUGCAGAAGAUUCCGCUAGAAAUGUUCUUAAAAUAUUUUAUUGGAAAACAUUUGUUGGUUA